AAGGACUGUUUGUUUGUCAAUGUUGGAUCCGAUCAAGUUCGACUUUCAGAAUUCCAAGUUCUGAACCAUUCUCUUUAUAACUCUACAUACUCCAUAUAUAACAUACCCUUCGAAAAUGAUACCUUCCGCUGGACGCAUGGUUUUAUCUCUGCUGCUUCUCGCUUCGCCCCUCGUGCAUGCAGCUCAGUCCGACAACACGACUCUAGGAAUCGAAAUUAUCCGCGCUCAUUUUGAAGGGGCUGGUCUGGUGCCAUACUUAAUGGCGAACUUUACUCCUACUGCGCUUCUGACCGCAACGUACACCGGCGGCGGUAUCGUGACCCCAGGUCAACUUCUUCCAAAGUCUCGGACGCAAACUGCCCCGAACCUUACUAUCACGCCGGUCAAUAUGACAACCUUGUUGAAUGAGAAAUACACUCUUGUGAUGGUGGAUGCCUGGGCUCCAGGACAUACUGACCCGCGGGGUCAGAUUUGUCACUGGGUUGUCAAUGGUGUAACUGUACAAGACUACUCUGUAUUAACACAUGCAGGCGUGGACGUAGAACAGUACAGGGGUCCAACUCCACCGUCCGGGAGCGGACCACACCGUUAUGUUAUCUUACUUUACGCUCAGCAGUUUCCAACAGUCUCUCCGCCGCAUGGAUUCCAUAUCCUAAACAACCAUCCAGGAUUUUGCCACCUCGCGGAUUAUGUUAAGGCCUCGAACAUCGGACCUCUAAUUGCCGGAACCUACUUCACGGUCGAGGAAGGGGUGGCUACUUUCACGCCUUCUCCUACAUCUCCUGUUGUGACAUCUACUCUGCUGGCUUCAGGGUCUAGUGGUCCGUCCGCGUCAACUACCGGUUCAGUAGCUCAGCACAAUGGCGCAUGCUCGUCAUCAAGCAAUUACUUGACUAUCCUACUUGCGCCCUUUUUGUGGCUUCUAGCGUUAUAGUUACUUUUCACUUUCUCUGUCACUUGGUCAUUCGAUGGGUACAAAUCAUAUGAAUCAUAA